AUGUCGAUAUCAAACGGCCACAAUGAAACGAUGAAAGCGAUAAGGUUAGGCGGUGAGGCCCAUCCGUACCACCCCGCCGGCGCGUCCAACGGCGAAGUGCGUGGGGCGUUGGGCGGGCUCCCUGGCAUCCUGGCAAUGACAUCAAACCACAGCUCAGCUUUCUCUUGUCGUGUCGCUCUCAUUUUUGCCUGCCACUCACUGUCGCUGCCGCGAUCCCUUGCCGCUCUGUUUGCACCCAUCAGUCAAAGUGAAGCUGCCCGCUUUGACGAUUGGGCUUUCACCGAGAAGAAUCGAAGAGUCAUUACGGGCUACUACCCCGUUGGAAUUCAUCGAGUAGAACUCGGGGACAGGAAACGAAAUGAGACGAAGGACCGACGACGCUGGACCGAGGCCAUUACGGAAGAGAUCACUGCUGUCGCGGUCACAGACAGGCAGGCGGAGGGUCAGUUCAGUUCGGGUCAAGAUCAGGCAGGCCACUGCAGCCAACAGGCCCCGGGCUUCAGAAUAUCAACACCCACGGCCGGCCGACGGUACCAGAAGCUGCGAGAUCCGGAGACCCGUUGCGAUCAUGAAGGGAACAUGGCCGGUGAGGUGGAACCGAAGGGCUCGUCCGUCGAUUUAGCUGCCUAUCAACAUAUCCAGACGGAUGGAGAUAGGCUCCGUUGUGUCUCUCUAUCGCCUCACUUCCAGUCGCGCUUCGUAUGGCCGGCCCUCUGGCUCCUUCACCUCGGGUCUUGGAACACUCACGGCACCAGAGGCCGACCCAGUUAGACUCGGGCGGGACUCGUUGCGAGAAGUAACGGAGCAUGGCCCGUCGAAGUGAAGGCCCGGUGGUGGGGCGGGACGAAUGGCUUUUCCACCUACUCGGAGAGCUCGUUGCUAGGUAAGGUACCUUUGGCGACCUGUGCUUGAGAUCAGAUGGGCUGGGAUGAGAUGAGAUGAGUUGCGUCUGUCUAUCUCUACUGCCGCCUCACUUCACUUCCAGUCACGUUGGACCUUGGACCUUUGGUCCUGUUGUCGCC